UAAGAACUGCGUCGUUCCCUUUGUUACUCUGUUCAUUUCUCAAAAAAAUUCCCUCUUGUAUCAGAUUCAUCUAAUCCCAUAGUUGUGCCCUAUUUAUAGACUCACCAAAUCCCGAAAAUUUGCUGAUUAAUUCAUCGAUUUGUGUUUAUGUAUAUGGCAUGUUGACUGGAUCAGAAGGUUAAAUGAGUUGGGAUUUCCGCGUGUUGCAGAUCGUGCAAUUGAAGACGCUGCUAGUUUCAGACGUUGAGGCCGUGUCCGAUUAUUAAUUUCGGAUGGUUUAGGGUUUUUGGAUUGGCAAUCAGGAAUUUAUAGGGUUUUCGUUAAGAGGUUGAAUAAUCAAGAUAUUUAGGGUUUUGGAUUUGCGAGAAGCGGAGAGGGUGAAGAUUCAGAGCAAUUGAUUUGAAUUGAUGGUUGAAGGCAGUUUUUGUGGUUGUGUCGAAUCUCGGAAAAAUGCAAAGAAGGGAUUUUUAUUAUGCGUGGGAGGUUUCGGAGGGAAGGUGAGGGGAGUUGCAGAAGUCUACAACGUAGUAUCAGUUGGCAUAUGCACCCAACUGUAACUGCUGCGGAAUCAAAUUCGUUUUUUAAGGAUGGUCGCAAAAUCAACGUUGGUGAUUGUGGUCUUUUCAAACCCCCUCAGGAUUCUCCGCCUUUUAUUGGUUUAAUUCGUCGGUUGACAUUAAGUAAAGAUAAUAACUUGUGGGUAGGAGUUAAUUGGCUUUAUCGACCUGCUGAGCUAAAGCUCGGAAAAGGCUCUCUCUUGGACAGCGUCCCAAACGAAAUCUUUUACUCGUUUCAUAAAGACGAGAUUCUUGCUGCCUCUUUACUUCAUCCCUGUAAAGUUGCAUUUCUUCCUAGAGGUGCUGAACUUCCCACAGGGACAUCCUCUUUUGUUUGCUGGCGCGUCUAUGACAUUGAAAACAAGUGUUUAUGGUGGCUAACAGAUCAAGAUUACAUUAAUGAGCGUCAAGAAGAAGUAGACCAGCUUUUAGACAAAACAAGGACAGAAAUGCAUGGAACAUUGCAGCCUGGUGGCCGAUCCCCGAAACAAGCUAAUGGCCUAACUUCAGCAUCCCAAUUAAAACCUAGUUCUGAGAAUGCUCAGAAUAGUGGGACUUCCCUUCCUUCCCAAACCAAGGUUAAGAAGAGGGAAAGAGGAGAUCAUUCAAUGGAUCCUGUCAAACGGGAACGUUUCUCAAAAACAGAUGAUAGCGGCUCUGGUCAGCACAAAAAUGAAAAUAAUGUGAAAUCUGAUAUUGCAAAGAUAACAGAGAAAGGUGGAGUUGUAGAUUUUGAAGGAGUUGAGAAGCUUUUACAAUUAAUGCAACAUAAAGUGGAGAAGAAAAUGGAUUUAAAUAGCCGUGCCAUGCUUGCUGGUGUAGUAGCUGCAACUGAGAAGAUUGAGUGUCUCAAUCGUUUUAUGCAGUUGAAGGGUUUAUCUGUAUUUGAUGAGUGGCUGCAGGAGAUCCAUAAGGGGAAGGUUGGUGGUGGUAACAAUUCAAAGGAUGGUGACAAACCUGUGGAGGAAUUUCUUUUGGUUUUACUUCGUGCUCUAGAUAACCUUCCUGUGAACCUCCCUGCACUUCAAACAUGCAACAUUGGUAGAUCUGUGAAUCAUCUACGAUCUCAUAAAAACGUAGAAAUUCAAAGGAAGGCUCGAAGUUUAGUUGACACGUGGAAGAAACGCGUUCAGGCGGAAAUGACUAGUAGUGACGCAGAGACUGGUUCUGCCCAAGGUGGACCUGUAUGGUCUUCCAAAUCACGCGUCCCAGAGGCUUCCCAUGCUGCUAGCAGAACACUGAGUGGAUCUGAUGUUGCCAUGAAAAGCUCUAUCACUCAUUCUGCGUCUAAAACUACUUCGGUAAAGUCCUCACAUGGAGAAAAUAACACAAAGUCUGCUUCUUCAUCUCCUGGUCCAGUAAAACCAUCUUCGCCACCAGCAUCUGUUAAGGAGAGUCAACCUGGAACUUCUGUCGGUGGUAGUGGCACUCCUGAUGCCCCUCUAAUUAGGGAGGAUAGGAGCAGCAGUUCAAAUCAGUCUCAUAGUUACAGUCCUUCAGUUUCAACAAAAGAGGAGGCAAAGAGUUCGACAGCAGUUUCUGCAUCUGCUAGUAAGAUAUCAAGCAGUAGUUCUCGAAAUCGAAAAGGUGGUGGUUUUCCAGGGGUUGGUGGAGUUCAGAAAGACAGCAGCUCUAGCAGAAGUUUAUCAUCUAUAAGAAAUUCUACCUCAGAUAAAGUAUCUCAAUCUGGUAUGUUAAGUGAAAGGGUUAGCGAUGGACCAGUGCUUGAAGCAGGCAAUCCUAAGCUAAUUGUUAAGAUACCAAACCGGUCACAGAGCCCAAGUCAAGGUGUCAGAGGAGUAUCUCCCGAAGAUCCUUCUGCUCUGAGUAGCCAAACAUCUCAACCAGUGAUUUCAGACAAACUUGAUCAGUUUGACAAUAAUUCAAGGGCGAAGAGUGAUGCUCUCCAAUGUAAUACUAGCCCUGACACGAAUGUUGAAUCUUGUCGAGUUAAUGAUAAGGAAGACGUAGUGACUGGAUCUGGUGAUGGAGCUGGGUCAGCUGCUGUACAUAUCAAAGAAGAGAAAAGUAUAUCAACUGAAGACUCCAGUCUACCUAUGGAAGGCCCAAAAAAGAACCAACUGAAGUGUGGAAAGUUGCAUGAAACUUCUUUUAGCCCCAUGAAUGCUUUAAUUGAAAGCUGUGUUAAAUACUCUGAAGCACACUCUUCAUUGUCCCCCGAGGAUGAUGUAGGGAUGAACUUACUGGCUAGUGUGGCAACUGGGGAAAUGUCAAGAUCAGAAAUUGUUUCACCCUCUGAUUCAACUGAAAGAAGCACACCUGCAGCGGAGGGAGUUUGCUUUAAUGAUGAUGCAAAAUCAAAGCCUUCCCCUGAAGAUGAAAUUCAAGGAACUGAAAGUCAGCAGCUUUGCAAUGACGGAGAUGGUGUUUACAAGAAACAGGUUUUGUUAAAUGGUUCAUGCUCUGAAGAUGGAUUGCAUCUGUCUAAACAAGCAUCAUUCUCCACGGAUGUAGAUUGUCAUCCAUCCCAUACUUCUGCAGAGAUGCCAGAUGGAGAGGGAAGCAAACCCUAUGACGCUGCUAGCACAGAUUCUAGAAGUACUGCUGACCCUAAUUGGGAGUUUAGUAAGAAUUUGACUGAAAAGACUGAUGCCAAUCAGAAGACUGGAGAUGAAGUUGAUAAAGAAUUCCAGGAGGAAAAUACCCCAUCAGGAAAUGGCAUGGAUAACAUUGGCGACUGUAAAAAAGAUGGAACUAGUGUUACUGGGACUGAUUACAAGUCUGGUGAUGAUCCCUCAGACACAGCUAAGGGGACAGCAAUGGCUGAAGAUGCAUUUACGAAUCAAUUGUGUAAUAUGGACUGCAAGAGUGAUGUAAAGGAUGCAUUGAUGGUGGGUACUAACUCGAUGAAGAAAAUCACUGCUAUAGUUGUAAAGUCUGAACUCAAAGAAAGAGUUAGUGAUGAGAAGACGCAUCAUACCUCAUCACACCUGAUAUUUUCUGAAGCUGGUGAUGCUGUCAAAGUUAGUGAAAUGGAUGAAAAGGAUAUCAAGACUUGUGUUACUGAUGUUGAAAGGGCUAUCAUCAGUCAGAGAGUUGACAGAAACACAGCCCUUGAUGGCUGUAGUACUGUUAGUUCAUGUUCCACUGGUGACGGUCUUAGAAGUCAUAAUAUGGAAACAGCUACAGAAAAGAAAGAGAUCAGCGAGCCAGUCUCACUCCCUGAGACAGGCUUUCCUGCUUCUGUUUCCCCCGAAGGGCAUACAAAUGCAAACAUUAGAGGAUCAAAACCUCUUGUAAUUAAAGUCGAUGAAGUAGAAUCUGCUUCAGAAGUUGCAGAAGUGCUCUCUGCUGCAGCAAGAGCAGAUCCAGAUGCAAGAGUAAAGUUUGAUCUCAAUGAAGGGUUUAGUGUUGAUGAUGGAAAAUAUGGGGAGCCAGGGAGUUUGGCGGCCUCUUUUUCAACAACUGUUCAGAUGUCCAACAGCCUGCAAGCUUCUGUAAACCAUUUUCCUACUCUCCAUCCUGCUUCCAUUACAGUGGCUGCUGCUGCAAAAGGCGCCUUUGUUCCUCCAGAGGACCUUUUGAGAAGUAAAGGGGAAUUGGGUUGGAAGGGAUCUGCUGCCACUAGUGCAUUUCGCCCAGCUGAACCUAGAAAGGUUAUUGAAGUUCCUUUGGCUACAACCAAAUCCUCAUGUGAUCCUUCUACCAGUAAAAGUGGCCAUGCUAUGUUGGAUAUAGAUCUUAAUGUAGACCUAAAUGAGCCAGAUGAAAGUUUCGAGACAGCUUCUCGAGAUUGUUAUUUGGUUAACGAUAGUUCGAUAUUGCUUAAUAAAAGUUCAGGUUUUACACCAGUUCUUGGCUCUGGUGGACUGGGUUUUGAUUUGAAUAGAGUUGAUGAAUCUAAUGAGAAUGGACAGUGUUCUACCAGCCGGAGUUAUAAUGAAGAGAGUUCUGUAGUACUUGUCAAACCCUCAGGAUUCUUACCGUCUGCUGAUGUUCAAAGGGGUUUUGAUCUCAAUGAUCAGCCUGGGUUUGAUGAUGGUGGUGCAGAGCACUUAAGAAACACUCAACAAUUCAAAGUUGCUUUGACAUCCCAGUCGCCUUAUAUUGGUCCUAGAGCAAAUAAUCCUGGACUUGGUAGUUUGUCGUCUUGGUUCCCACCAGCUAGUACUUAUUCAGCUGCGGCAAUUCCAUCAAAUAUACCUGAUCGCACCGACCAAUCAUUUCAAGCAAUUCCACCUGGAGCAUCCCAGAGAAUGUUUGGCCCUGCUGGCAUAUCUCCAUUUACGCCUGAUGUUUACCGUGGAUCAGUAUUGUCCUCAUCUCCUGCUGUCUCAUUCCCGUCUGGUCCUUUCCAGUUUCCAGUGCUCCCUUAUGGGCACUCUUUUCCUUUAUCAUCUGCCAAUUUUCCCAUUGGCGGAACCUCAUUUGCAGAUGCCUCAUCUGGUACUAGGCUUUUUGCACCUCCUGUGAAUCCUCAAUUGUUGGGACCAGUUGGUGCAAUUCCAUCCCAAUUUCAGAGACCAUUUAUGGUUGGUCUUCCAGAUAAUAGCAGUAACAGUGGAUUGGAAAACAGCCGAAAGUGGGUUAGACAAGGUCUAGACCUCAAUGCUGGCCCUGGAGCGGUUGAAGGUGAUGUCAGGGAAGACAAUUUGCCUCAUUCAUCAAGUCAACACUCUGUUAUCAAUUCGCACGCGCAAGCAGAGGAGCAAGCUAGGCUCUGUCCAGUUUCAGGUGUGAAGAGGGCGGAACCUGACGGAGGGUGGGAUAAAGAAACGAUCAGAUACAAGCAGUCAUCAUGGCAGUAGGAAAUGUAAAUUUCUGGGCUACAUGCUCAACAUACGUCCUCUCUGCAGCAGGUUCUGAGCCCCUUAGUUGGAAUAACCUUCAAACUGCGAGUUGUUUGGGAAACUCAAUUCUUAUCCACCCGGUCUCUGAAGUCGGACCUCUUCUGAACAUCAGUGAUAUCAUUCCCUACUGGAAGGAUGGAGGUCCUAAUCCACCUGUACAUAGACUGCUGGAGAAGCACAAGCUUGUGGCGCCAAGAUAUACCGAAGAUCGAUGUGCAUAGUUUCUGGCUAACCAUUCAGAGGAGGCUGGAUCUUAGAUUUAUACAAGCCCUUGUGAAUUUGAGCUUUUACUGCCCAUCGUUCUUUUCUCUUUUAUACUUUUUAUUCUUUUUCUUUUUUCGCCCACAUAUUUACAAGUAGAUCUCUGUCGAAUUUGGUGCUAAUGGUUUUUCAUAUGAAGGUUUAGCUUUGAUGGCCUUUGCUGUA